CCCGACGACAGUAUAGUUAAUUGAAACAAUUUGGAAAUCAAGUGAACUUGGCUGUCCUUCUAAUAGUCUGUGAACAUCCAGGUGGUACAACAUGUCGCGUGUUUUAGUUGGUGUAAAACGUGUAAUUGAUUAUGCGGUAAAGAUUCGCGUUAAACCGGAUAAAUCUGGUGUAAUCACGGAGGGUGUUAAGCAUUCGAUGAAUCCUUUUGACGAAAUUGCGGUUGAGGAAGCGGUGAAGCUUAAGGAGAAAAAGAUCGCCUCCGAAGUAGUAGCCGUCUCGGUUGGACCUUCCCAAUCUCAGGAAGUGCUACGAACAGCACUUGCUAUGGGCGCAGACCGCGGUAUUCAUAUUGAAGUGGCGGGAAAAGAGUACGAUCUGCUUCAACCAAUUCAUGUUUCAAAGAUUUUGGCAAAACUGGCGCAAGAUGAAAAAGCUGAUCUUGUCAUCUUGGGUAAGCAAGCAAUUGAUGAUGAUUGCAAUCAGACGGCGCAGAUGACAGCUGCGCUUUUGGAUUGGCCCCAGGCAACCUUUGCAUCCAAAGUCGAGAAAGAAGGAGAUACACUAAUGGUCGUACGGGAAGUUGAUGGAGGAUUGGAAACAAUUAAAGCUAAGCUGCCGGCAGUGAUCAGUGCUGACUUACGUUUAAAUACUCCUCGCUAUGCAACACUACCGAAUAUAAUGAAGGCAAAAAAGAAACCGAUCAAAAAGCUCGCCCCUAAAGAGCUAGGCGUUGAUACUUCCCCUCGCAUCGAAGUUGUGUCUGUGGAAGAUCCACCGGUACGACAGGCUGGCUCUGUUUUACCAGAUGUCGACACAUUAUUGACGAAACUUCGCGAUGGUGGUCACAUCAAGUAGAAAGCGCAUGUGAAACCGUGUAAAACGGUGAAGAUUUUUUCAUAGUAAUUUCGCAUGGGUCACAACACAAUGGUCCGUCGAUAAUGACGCAAAUAAAACAUUAUUACAUAAAAUAUAAGAACGAUGUUCAUUUUUAUAUUGCACAAAUAAUAUUAUCUCUGCCAUGAAAUAUGUUUCCCGUAUAUACGAAAAAAAUUGGAGUCUAUUCAUUGCCUGUGGCAAUUGAUGCAAACUACGUCUUGUGAAGUGUUUAUAAAUAAUAAACAAAUGAUAUCAUUUAUAACUAGUUUGCCUUCAGGAAGUUUUGAACGAAAUAAUAUCAGUGUGCUGUGGUUACCCACAG